UAAAUCUUUACAUCAUCUUUACUAAGAGAGUUAGAGAGAAAAAUGUCGGAUGUCGGAUCUGAUGAGUUUGAUGAUGAACGCAGUAAACUCGGGGAAUAUGAAGGAGACCGAAAUGAAGCCGGAGAGAGACACGGAGUCGGUAAAGCUGUCCUGCCAAACGGAGACAUCUAUCAGGGACAGUACGAGAACGGCAGGAGACACGGACAGGGGACAUAUCACUUCAAGAAUGGGGCAAGAUAUGUGGGAGAUUAUUACCAGAACAUGAAACAUGGACAGGGCACCUUCUACUAUCCAGAUGGCUCCAAAUAUGAAGGAUCGUGGGUUGAGGACCUGAGACAGGAUCAUGGGGUCUACACGUACCCCAAUGGAGACACGUAUGAUGGAGAGUGGCUGAAACAUAUGAGGCAUGGUCAGGGCAUUUACCACUACCACGAAACUGGCUCAAAGUACAAGGGCUCAUGGGUGAACGGCAAGAUGGAGUCAGCUGGAGAGUACAUCCACUCUAACCACAGAUACAAGGGGAACUUUGUCAACAGCUAUCCGAAUGGCCUGGGGAAGUACGUGUUCGACAUCGGCUGUGAGCAGCAUGGCGAAUACCACCAAUCAGAGCAGGACCGGGCUGAGGGUGAGUGGGGCGAGGUGGCCUCCAACACCAUCCUCAAGUGGAUUCCUAAGUGUGUGACCGGUCCGACACUGUGGACUGCAGGCUCAGACACCUCAGGCGGGGAAAAGGAAAUCCCUUCAGCAGAGGAUGUGACAGAGAACUGACCUGUGCCAUCAUUCUACA